AUGGAUGCAAUCUCUGAUCAAUUCUCUGCCACUUCAGAAGAGAACACCAUCAACAACACCUCAACUUUCAAGUUCUCCGAGUUGAAAGAACAUGAUUUUAUCAACUCUACAAAAAACAUGGUGGUGGGUUCAUCUUUAUCAAAUUUGGGUAAUAAUAAGUCCAAUAAAGAAGAUCAUGCCAAAAACAAGUCAUUGAAAUUGUUUUCAUGCAAUAAUUGUAAAAAUCAAUUUUCAACCGGGCAAGCAUUAGGAGGACACCAAAAUGCACAUAAAAAAGAGCGUGCACUCGCAAAACAUGGCAAAGAGAUAAACACAGGUUUUGAGACUCGUCAUCAUUUUCCUAACUACACUCAUUAUCCAAGUCUUUCGACAUUUCCUUAUCAUGGAUUUAGAUCCUAUAAUAGAGCACUUGCAAUUAAUUUGGAAUCUAUGAUUCACAAGCCAAGGUCAAGCUAUUCCUGGAUUCCACCUUCUUUUAAGUAUUGUCAUACUUCUGCAUGGAGACCAAUGCAAGAGAUGAAAACCUAUUCUCUUCUUGAUGGGUUGAAGAAUGAGAGUCUUAAUGUAAAUAAUGGAAAUACUGCUACUCCAACUUUGAAGAAUUUGCUUAAGAAUUUAGAAGUUGGUGUUGGAGAGACUUCCAUAAAUAUUGUUAAUAAGUCAAAUUUGGAAGAGGAGAAUUCAAUUGUAGUUGGCACAACUGAUCAUGUUAAUCAUUCUCUUAACAUGGAAGAAGUGUCCGAAGCUCAAUCAAUUGAGUUGGAUUUGUCGCUUAAACUUUGA